AUGUCUGUCCCAGCUGAUGAAACUGUGGGGGACCUGCCUGUGAGAGAUGUAGGUCUAACCCUAGCUGGAAUUGGAGGAUUGCAAGAAUCAUCAACCACACACAAUGUUAGAGCACGACAGUCUGUAUCACGAAUCGGUCGAGAGGAACUGGAAGACAGACUUCUUCGUUUACGUGAUGAGAACAUCUUACUCAAGCAGCAUGCAAAUAAGCAAGAGGAGAAAAUUAAAAGAAUGGCCACCAAGUUAAUACGGCUUGUUAAUGAUAAAAAAAGGUCUGAACAGGUUGGUGGCGGCCCCAAGCGGCUGGGUCAGGCUGUGGAGCUGGAAGAAAUGAUUGAGCAUUUGCAAGAGAGAGUCCGUGAGCUUGAGAAACAAAACGAGAGCCUCCGCAGCAAACUCAUUUCAACUAAACAGCAGCUCCAGAUUCAAGGCCAUAGGCCUUGUCCGUACAGCUAUGUUCAAUCUCGUAUAAACACUGGUCUCAAAAAAGUAAAUGAGGCUGCUGGCAUGCCGGAGCACGCCAAGAAAGGAAUGAGAUUUCAGGAUUUAGAAGUGAGAUCACCUAACCCUGUGCUCCCAAGAUAUGGGGAGAGUCUGCUUGAGGAUCCAAGAGCUGAAAUAAGAAAUUUGGAGACUGUGAUUGAGUCCCAAAGGGAACGCAUUGAGGAACUAGAACGUGCUAGAGAGAUGCUUGUGAGUCAGCUAAGAAGGAAAGGAAAGGAAAUUGAAGAAUCCGUCCUACGGCUGAAAGAGCAAGAAACAACAAGCCAAAGGCUAAACAUUCGGGACAAUGUGGAAAUGAUCAAGGUCCGUAAACAGCUGGUUGAGAAAAGCAAUGCUCUUUCAGCAAUGGAAGGAAAACUUCUCCACCUUCAAGAGAACCAAAAGAACUUGAAGAUGAGCCAUGAUGCUCUAAUAGCAAAAGGUGAUGAACUGAAUCUGCAGCUUAAAGAGGAGCGGUUAAGGUGCCUCCAUCUUGAAAAAAAAUUGCAAUCAGUGACUAUUUCAAACCAAAGGACAGAUGAGUUACAGGAAAGAAUAAAUGAUCUAGAAAAAGAGAAGGAACUCUUGAGGGAAAACUAUGAUAAACUGUAUAACAGUGUCUUCAGUAUGACCCAUGAACAGCAAUGGAUAUUAAAGGAACAGCAACUGAAACAGCAAAUUGCUGAACUAGAGACUGCUAUCAAAUCUGAUUUAGCAGACAAAAAUGAAAUCCUUGACAAGAUCAAAGUAGAAAGAGACCAAAAGGAAAAGCUGAUGCAAGAGAACAAAGACCUGCAGUUAUGCUGCCUGGAACAUAAGCAACAACUAGAUGAACUGAAAAAUCGCAUGAAGUUUCUGACCAAGGAAAGUGAUAUUGAUGUGGCAGAACUCAAUGAAGCCCUCUUGCUUAUAAAGGUUCGAAAGCAGCAGAAGAAUGGGGACCUUAUGUUUUUGGAAAAAGUAGAUGAUGAUAUCCAUAAAGAUAUAGAACACUCCAUGCGGGAGCUGCAAUUAACACAUGCGGAGACAGUGCAAGAACUUGAAAAGACAAGGAAUAUGUUAAUUGUGCAGCACAAAAUUAACAAAGAUUACCAGACUGAAGUAGAAGCAGUGACACAAAAGAUGGAAAGUCUACAGAAAGACUAUGAGUUAAAACUGGAGCAGUAUGUCCAUCUUCUUGAUAUUAGAGCUGCACGCAUCAGAAAACUAGAAGCCCAACUACGAGAUAUUGCCUAUGGUACAAAACCACAUAAAUCCAGACCAGAAAUAUUACCAGGUGAUCCAGUGGAUGAAUUCGAUGAAACUUUACAUUUAAAAAGAGGAGAGAACCUUUUUGAAAUUCAUAUUGGCAAACUGAUCUUCUCUUCUGGUGCUAUGCACGCUUUCGGUGACCAUGAACCUGCAACUUUUUGUACUUAUGCGUUCUAUGACUUCGAACUUCAGAUAACCCCAGUAGUUUAUGGGCGUACCCCUUCAUACGACUUCACUUCUCAGUAUCUUGUGCAGGCUGAUGACUGCUUCUUGCACUACAUACAGCAAAACAGUAUCAAUCUUGAGGUUCAUCAUGCAUAUGGCACAGAUUAUGAAACAGUUGCUUCGUGUCAACUGAAGUUCCAUGAAAUCCUGGAAAACAAUGGGAAGAUCUACAGCACAGCAAAUUUAGUUGGAAUCAAAGAAAACAUUCAAAAUUAUGGUACCAUAGAAUACUGGAUCGGGUUACGAGUUCCCAUGGAUCAAGCUAUUAAUCUCUACAAAGAGAGGUCAAAGGCUCUGGGGUAUAUAACAUCCAACUUCAGGGGGCGUGAACAUCUUUUUCAUUUAAAGCAGCAGAUUCUCAGAACUGCCCAAGUCAGCACUUCAACAGAUGGCAAUCUAAAUGAGCUCCACAUUACAAUAAAAUGUUGUAACAAUCUACAAUCCCGAAAAAAACAUCUUCAGCCAAAUCCUUAUGUUGUCUACAAGUUCUUUGAUUUUGCAGACCAUGAUACUCCCAUCAUCCCUAGCAGCAGCAACCCACAAAUAGAUGACCAUAUGUGUUUCCAAGUGCCAAUGAAUGCAGAUUUAGACCGAUACCUAAAGUCAGAAUCCUUAACCUUUUAUGUAUUUGAUGAUGGUGAAACGGAAGAAGGUGCUUAUGUGGGGAAAGCCAAUGUGCCUCUUAUUUCUUUAGCACAUGACAGAUCUAUCUCAGGUACUUUUGAACUAACAGAUCCUGAAAGAUGUGCUACUGGUGCCAUCACAGUCGAAUUAAAAUGGAAGUUUGUCUACCUACCACCAAGUGGAUCAACAAUGGCUACAGACUUAGUGAAUUACAUUCAAAAUGAGAAAUCAAUGGCAACUAAAUUACUAGCAGAGGAAAAAAUGCAGACUCCAGCCCCGUCUCCUUCUUUUAUUUCAUCAGUGGCAAAACCAACACCCAAACCAAGGCAGCGCGCAGCUCAAGCAGACAAGAAAGUAUCUUUUCCGGACCUUAGUACAAUACAGAUGGCAGUUAAACGAGAAAGGCUAGCAGAUGAUACGGUGGAGGAGAUGGCUGAAGAAAUUCAACAGGAAAAAGACCUCUCCCAUCUGUCAGAGGGGCAGUUGGCUGACCAAAGCUCAGUUACCUCUGGAGACGGGACAGAAAUAAGUGAAGAAUUGGAACCAGAAGAAAAUGAUGCCAUUGAAUCAAUAAUAACUGACAGCGAUGACUGUAUUGUUUCAAGUCCGGUAUCAAAGAAUAUUAGACAGGCAACUGAAAAAAUCCGGAUUGAAAUUAUAUCAUUCAGUCUUACUGACUCACGGAUUGCAUCAGAUGAAACAAUACAGCAGCUGUUUGUAGAAUGCAGAUUAUACAAUUUCCUUGCAGAGGAGACCCCACUGUCACUUCCAAAACCAACAAGUGGUCAGAGGAUCCACUAUAACUACAGCAAUGUGAUACAUGUGGAUAAAGCAAAUAAUCACGCAAGAAGAGAGUAUCUCAAGUCUAUGCUUCGAAAGCCAGAUUUGCAUACUGACAGCCUACGGUUUACAGUGGUCAGUGAUCCCCCAGAAGAUGAACAGGAUCUUGAAUGUGAAGAUAUCGGUUUCGCUUAUGUCAGUUUGAGAGAGAUAUUCCAGAAGCAAAGAGAUAUCAUUGAGCAAGAUAUUGACGUUUUCGAUUCACAAGAUGAUAGUGCAGUAAUUGGAAAGCUCAAAGUGUCAGUGGAAGCCCUCCAUGCGCUGCGUUCCGUCUAUGAAGAAUGCGAAGAUGACUAGGAGGCAUGAAAGGGAAGUUUGCCUACAGAAGUUCCUUCUCCCAGUGUAAAUACAUGCUUGAUAGUGCUUCAAAGAUGAGAUCUUUGUAAUUCUUACAGUAUAUUUAAUGUAUAAUUUAUGUGAAAAGGACGCUUGAUUUGUAGUUGUAAAGUUUUGUAUACUUUUCA